AUGUCAGACCAAUAUCUUCUUAAUUAUCAGGAAAUGGUACUGUCCAAUGACACUUGGUUUAGCCCUAUGUUCUAUCUUACUGGCUUUCCUGGAUGGGAAGCCAUCAGUCACUGGAUCUUCAUACCCUUUUUCUUUAUGUACCUGGUGUCCAUCUCAGGCAACUGUUGUAUUCUGAUAAUCAUUAAGACCAACCCACAUCUACACACACCCAUGUACUACUUGCUGUCUUUGCUGGCCCUAACUGACCUGGGACUAUCGGUGUCCACCUUGCCCACCAAUAUGGGGAUAUUUUGGUUCAAUUACCAUGGGAUCUACUUUGCAGCCUGUCAAAUACAGAUGUUCUGCAUCCAUUCAUUUUCCUUCAUGGAGUCAUCAGUACUCCUUGUCAUGUCUUUUGAUCGCUUUGUGGCCAUCUGCUAUCCCCUAAGAUACUCAGUCAUAAUCACUGGCCAGCGAGUGGUUAGAAUAGGUCUGGUCAUCAUCCUCCGAGGCCCUGUGGUCCUUGUCCCCAUUGUUCUCUUCCUGAAAGCUUUCCCAUACUGUGGGUCUCGAGUCCUAUCCCACUCAUAUUGCCUACAUCAGGAAGUGAUACAUCUGGCCUGCACAGACACUACCUUCAACAAUCUCUAUGGGUUGACAGUGGUAGUGUUCACUGUAAUGGUGGACCUGGUACUCAUUGCUCUGUCCUAUGGGCUCAUCCUGAACACAGUGGCAGGACUGGCCUCCCGAGAGGAGCGACUUCGAGUUUUCCAAACAUGUACCUCACACCUCUGUGCUGUGCUGGUAUUCUUUGUGCCCAUGGUGGGAUUGUCCCUGGUGCAUCGCUUUGGAAAGAAUGCUCCACAUGCUGUCCACCUCCUCAUGGCCAAUGUCUACCUCUUUGUGCCUCCCAUGCUUAACCCAAUCAUAUACAGUAUUAAGACCAAGGAGAUCCGCCGUGUGAUCAUCAAGUACCUACACCUUAGAAAGGGCAAUGCUGAGUCCUGGGACUAA